GGAAGCUAUGACGAGGUUUCAACGACUCGUUGUCUCGGGUCGUCAAGCAAGUUUUGACGUCGAGCGCGAUGCAGAUGCGAUCGAAAAAAGUUGGAGCCACGAGCAAUAUAUGCGAGGUCGGCCGAUGACGGCAGGAGAUGACGAUGAUAAUGAUGGUGAUGAUAAUGAUGAAUCAGCCAAGCAAGUAGUUUGCUAACAAAACACUCUUGGCAUCGUGAGCGAGCGACUUUCUCACACUCGCGUCCAUCAUCGCAAAUUUGUUUUGUCCUGGCGCUUUCACAGGUCACACACACGCACACGUUGAGAUGUUCCUCUCGUGCAGCACUACGUAUAUAUAUCUGUAUGCACUAUAUGUAUAUAACGUACUGUAGCAGUAGCACGAGCUUCUUUUUUAAAGUGCUCGGCUGUCCGCUGUUUCACUACUUGCCACUGCAGCAAUAGCAGCAGCUCUGGUUGUGAGAUAUUGCGAGUUUUCAGCGUGUCAAUGCGAAUGCAUAGAGAAAAAAAGUGACCGAGGAGAAAUGUAUACUCUACACGAUUCUAUGUGUAUAUAAGAGACUAUUGUAUAUAUAUACAACAAGCGUGUAUGUAUGUUCGUAUAAUAAUACCCAAGAGUAAUCGUAGUAUGUGUGAGCAAGAGUAACAGAGACGCAGAGAGAGAGAGGCGACGUUUAAAGAGGGACCCCUGGCAGAGAGUAAGCUCCGCGAUGGCCUGCUGAGCCUACUCUACUGCUGAGAAUCGCUCCUACUGCUUGACGUCGCGAUAUGUGGAGAGGGGAAGCGAGACGCCGAGGGGGUGCAGCUGAGCAGCUUUUGCUCGCAAAAAGGCUCUGACGAUAGUCGCUAUAUGGAGCAUCCACUCUUGCCAACGCUCCGGUAGCAUUUUUAAAGAGACGCCGCCGCUGACAAUCGCGUCAGCACUGCCCGGUAGAGGUAGUCAGCGUAUACGGCAAGCUUAUACACGUUUCAUCAAUUAAUUGACAAUUUCACUUAUUAACGUCGCCAGUGAUUAUUAAGCACACGCUGCAUAGCUUAAUAUUAGGUAGCAUAGGAUAGAGUGAGAGAGGAGAUACUCGCCUACUUAGGAAAACAUAAACACAACCAAAACGCAUAGCGUCAACAGCAUGUAGACUAGCUGUCAAAAUAGUCUUCAAUGGUCGGAAGAUCGAUCAACUUGAUUUUCCGUGGUUAGGAAUUUUAUUCUUACCUUUUAUAUAGCGAGCUAGUUAACUGAUUACAUCUGCCAAAAGAGAUGAAACGCUCGGCGACUCCUUCACAUUCUAGUGACGAUGAGUCUAAGAAAGAUUUGGAGCCCAUUGCCAAAAAGAGUAAGAAUAAUUUCAGAUAUGAGUAUCAUUUUUUAGAUUUGCCAGAUGAUGUUUUACUUCAUGUUUGUAAUCUUCUCAGUGCUUUUGACAAAAUUGCACUGCAUCUGACUUGUACUCGCUUGUCAAACUUAUGCUGUGAUAGAUUCUUAUGGAAAAAAAUAGAUUUCCGAGGAAAAAAUUUGACUGUUAGAACUCUUAAACUUUAUAGUAAAUUCAUUCUGCCUAUCACUAAAUUUUUAGCUAUUCGUGGGAAUACAGAGAUUGAUGCUGAAUUUUUUGACCUACUUCGCCAGCAGAGCAGAGACUUGAAAGAAUUUAUCGUUGAAGAUUACAUUAUUUCACAGCAAGAUAUACCUAUUACAUCAUUUCCAAAAACAUUAAAAUUACUUUCGCUGAAAGGAUGUGAUGUAAUCAAUAGAUCACCAUUGCUUACAACUAAAUAUUUGAGUAGAAUAGACUCUCAUAUGCUUAACUUAUCGACAUUAAUUUUAUCAAAUUGUAAAUGGUUAAAUUCACAUUCAUUUAUGAUUAUCAGUAAAAUUCAGCAACUUAAAGAAGUCAGACUAAAUUCUUGUCAUGGAUUAAAAGAGGACAUAGCAUAUACAAGCAUAGCAUGUAGAUGCGGAAUGAAAAAUUUAGAGAUUUUAGAUUUGAGAGACACAUUUGUUGGAGACAGUGUAAUAACUAGUUUUAGUCUUUGUCCAACAUUGACUGAAAUAUACAUGGAGAAUCCAAGUCCUGAAUCUGAACCAUACCAUCAUGAACCUCCACCCGAACACAGAGAAAUAUUUCUAAUUCAAUUGCCUCGAGGUCCAAACAUAAAUCAAAAUAAUGUUGCAGUAAAUGUUGGGCGUGUUAAUGAUAUAGAUGCAAAUCGGCUGAUGGGAUAUAUUAGAAACAAUGUAGAUCGUUCUCUAAUAACAGAUAGGUCUGUGUGCAGUUUAGGCAUUCAAGGUAGAAAUCCAAAUAUUGCCAUAAAUCAUCUAGAAGAAGUUCAAUUAGCUGUAGGAAGAUCUAGAGAAACAACUAAUCCAAAUUUACAAAAAUUGGUAGUAAGAAAUUAUCCGGAUGUUACAAAUAAUUCAUUGACUCACUUGCUUCAUAAUGCUCCUAAACUGGUGUAUCUUGAUGUUACUGGUACUUCGGUGACAAAACAAGCAGUGGAUAAUUUCAGACUUCAACGACCUGAAGUUACGCUUUUAUCAUCUUUUUAAUUUUAUUUCAAGGAAACUUGUAAAUAUUUCAGUCCUCUUUCGAAUGCAAUCAAAUUUUUUUUUGUAA